GGACCACAACAGUGAGAGAUAGAACACAGAUCCCGUCUCUUUUUUCGUGCCACUCUUCUAGAACAAGAUUAGCCGGUUGCUGCAAGGAUAACAGGCUGCUGGCAGAAUGUCAACUCUUCUACGAGAAACAGAGCGGAAUAUGCAACGAGGAAAAAUGAUUCGUGGCAGCAGUUGAAGGCACCAAAAUGGUGGGACCAGAUAAAGGCUGGAGUUGGGUGAUUGCAUUUUCGUGCUGCUUCGCUAGCCUGGUUCUCGCUGGAAUUUUCAGAACUUCAGGAGUUCUUUUCGUGGCUUUCAUCAGUGAGUAUCAAGUGACGAGAGAGGAAGCAGCAUGGCCAAUGGUGGUUUGCAUUGCGGUGCUAAAUCUGACAGGUCCUUUCUCUGGCAUCUUGGGCCAAAAGUUUGGUUGCAGGCCCAUAAUCUUCAUCGGAUGUCUGACUGCAACGACAGGGAUUGCUUCCUGCUUCUUCACGACUUCCCUCAAAACCAUCACUCUGCUGUUCGGAGGAGUAUUUGGCAUUGGAUAUGGCUUCAUGAAUACUUUGUUGCCCGUCGUCUUGAACUCUUAUUUCCUGAACUUAAGAGCCACCGCCAACGGCAUCGCCAACUCAGGGUCUUGUAUCGGUUCUAUGGUUCUUCCGGUGGUUUAUGAAUACCUCAUCGACGCAUACGGCCUGUCCGGCUGCUUUCUGUUGACAGCCGGCAUCGUCCUGCACAUCGCUGCUGUGGCAACUUUGAUGCGACCUCCACCGUGGUUGCAGAGGACACGAUCCUACCAGAAAGUAGCUGACAGUGACACUUCACCACACUCUCUUCAGUUGAAGACGAUGAACGAAGAAGAAAUGAGGAGUUUCGAAGGAGCGACUAACGAAACUGUUGCUAAUGAUUUGCAAUGCAGCAGCAAGUGCGAUGAUCCUGAAAAUAUGAAAUUGGGGACAGAAAUUGUUGAAGCAUGUAGCAACACACUCCAAUCGAAGAUGGAAAAUAGCAAAAUCAGUCUUUCUGGAAAGACAAAGACAGAUGAUGGUUUGAACGAAGUGGUUCCAAGUGCAAUUUCUGGCUGUAUACAGUCAAAGAUUGCCUCGUCAUUCGUCAGUGUCUUGACUUGUCCAAUGUUUUAUGUAACGGCCAUAACCAAUGUCAGCUUUUAUUUCAUCUACCACAUGUACGUUGUCAUCAUCGUGGACUAUGCUCUAGAUGUCGAAGUCUUGGCCAGCAACACCAAGUAUAUCUUGUUCGCAUUUUCCAUCUCCGACCUUAUCGGACGCUUGUCUCUCGGAUGGGUGACAGACCGGAAGUUGGUCACUCGUCCCAGGUUCGUCAUGGGGUGCAUGACGAUGAUCGGGUUCGUCUUCUUCACUUUCCCUUUCGCAAACAACUUCGGCCUUCUGGUGACUGUGAGCUGCUGCUACGGCUUCUUGCUCGGGUGUACCAUGGUCGUUUUUCCCAUUUUGCUGCUGGAUUUUUGCGGAGAGGAACUGCUCGCCGUUGCAUACGGAUGCAUGUGCUUCAUGAACGGGUUUUCGUCGUUCGGAAGACCGUUUCUGAUAGGGUAUUUCCGAGACAACGCAGGUUCUUACUCGAGUAUAUUCUUCAUCCUCGGAAUAAUUUCUGUAACUGCUUCGAUGCUGUGGUUGCUGGAGAGGUGCUUCGUGAAGGACCGGAAGAACCGACUACCUUGUUCGGUGUGAUCGAAGAAUUAAACGUUGGAAGCACUUUGCUGAAAAAUUAAAUUCCCCAUGCUCAAAACAUUCGUCGGGUCGUUCCACCUUAUUUGGCUGUGAAACGUCUCGUACGCAGCGCUAAAUCUCGAAAUAUUUAUAUUUUUUCCACUAAAAAUACAAGCAGCGAAAAUUUAUGGUAUUUUUAACUCUCAUUUUGUACUUUCACUGUGAAAAAAAUACAAAUAUUUGGAGGUUUAGAGUUACGUACGAGACAUUUCGCUGCCAAAUACUGUGGAAUGACUCUGUCAAUUUCUGCUCGAAUUAUCACUGUAUAUAGCUUAUAACUAUACAAAAUAUUUUCUGUAUUGAAUAAAACUAUUUGAUGUUGAGAACAAGUUGUCUCAUUCCAUUUCCACGCUGCAAAAUCAAACCCAUUUUUAGUUCUUC